UAUAAUAUUCCGCACACCCACAAGAAGCAGUUCUCUCUACACGUGAAGCUUUUGGAUGCUGUGAAGUCCUCUGUUGCUUUAUUUAUUUGUCUAAUUUCAGUUCUAUAUUAUUUGAUUAUGGUAGAAAUAGAUGAGGAUCCCCAGUUGGGGCUUGAUUCUGACGAAGACGACGAGGAAUUAUCAGACGACGGGCUGCAAGAAGCUUUCGCCAAGGGUUUGCUUAAACCUGGAAUGAAUGUUCCUCUGGAUGAGCCAAAGAAAGCCGUCAACAAUGUGGAGGGUUUGAAGAAAUGCCUUGCUGAGUUUAAGAAGAGCCUGCCCUGGGCUGAAAGGCUUGACCUCACCAACCUCCCAGCUGUUGACCUCAUAGCAAAAGCAGAGGGCAAAGCACAACAAUCAGAAGGCGGGGAAGACAUCAAUGCAGAGGAUGACUUUCAGAGGGAGAUGUAUUUCUACAGACAGGCCCAAGCAACUGUUUUAUUGGCGCUGCCAAAGCUGCAUAAGUUUAAGAUUCCUACCAAGCGACCAGAUGAUUACUUUGCAGAGAUGGCCAAGAGCGAUCAGCACAUGCAGAAGGUUAGGAAAACGCUGCUUAUUAAGCAAGCAGCAAUGGAGAAGUCAGAAAAGGCCAAGAAGCUCCGAGAACAGAGGAAAUAUGGCAAAAAGGUUCAAACACAGGUGAUUCAGAACAGGCAGAAACAGAAGAAAGCUAUGCUGACAGCUGUGAAGAAAUAUCAGAAAGGAAUGACAGAUAAACUGGAAUUCCUGGAAGGAGAUCAAGAUCCGAAACCGAAAGGGCCAGCAGCAAAAAAGCAAAUAAACAAAAAAAGUCCUAAUGCUAAGAAGAAAUACAAGGAUCAGAGGUUUGGCUUUGGGGGCAAGAAGAAGGGCACCAAAUGGAACACCAAAGACAGCCACGACGACGUUUCAGGAUUCAAGGCCAAAAUGGCUCACGGGAAAGGUGGGAAAAGAAGCGGCAAAGGAGGCAAGACGAAUAAACGGCCAGGGAAGGAGUCAAGGAGAAAAAUGAAGGCACGCAAAUGAGCUGUAUCUUCCCAUCCGUAGCUCUCACUGAAAUGGAUUGCGCCAUUAAAGACUUUUUUAAUCUCCUCUAUUUUUUAUUACUUGGGUGAAGUCAGGGCUCUGUUCUUUUUUCCCCCGUCGAACACCUUUGUAUAUUUCAAAAGACUUCGUUACCUGAGAAGAUU